AUGAAUAAAAACCAGGCCGAAACCAUCAGUAACUAUAGAAGAGCACUGCUACUGGAAAGGUAAGAAGCAAAUGGUAUUUUAAAAUGGGAGAGAGGGGAGACAGAUGGAUGGAUGGACAGGUUGGUGUUAAAUGAAAUAAAAUUCCCUUGGGGGGGGGAGUAUAGUCAGCAUUUCAUUCAUUAUUUCCAGACCCUCCAAGUGUCCCUAUUUUCCAGGGAGAGUCCCGGAUUUACAGAAGCCAUCCUGGUUUCUUAUUUGAUCCCGGAAUGUCCCGAUUUUCCUUAGGAUGUCCCUAUUUUUAUCUGAGAAAUGUUGGCGGGUAUGGAGUUAUGCGAUGCACGCACGCACCCCAAGCCAAGGAGAUAAGUAACUAUGCAACCUUUAGAAGACAUUUGAAGGCAGCCCUGUAUAAGGAAAUUUUUUAAUUUCUAAUGUUUUAUUAUGUUUUAUAUAUGUUGGAAGCCGCCCAGAGUGGCUGAGGAAACCCAGUCAGAUGGAUGGGGUAUAAAUAAUAAAAUUAUUAUUAUUAAUGUUUUGGAAUAGGACGUCCCUAUUUUAAUCAGAGAAAUGUUGGGGUGUAUGUACCGUAUUGGCCCAAAUAUAAGCCGCACCUUUAAAAUUCGGGGGGGGGGGGGGAGAGAGACAAUACCCGAAAAUAAGCCGCUCCCUUAAAAGUCCGCAAGCACUCACACCCGUUCCAUUUUACCAUUUCAGCUGUUUCAGCUGUUUCACCAUUUCAGCAGCGAUAUUACAAAAGCCAAUUUUUGUAAGGUCACGGAUUUAGGCCACACUUUACCUUUUCACGGUCGGAAUUUUUUUUGGGGGGAGGGAGGUUUAUAUUCAGGCCAAUACGGUAUUUCUGUUGCCUAGAAAUCAUCAAUACUCAUUUGCGAAAGCACAUGGAAUUGUCCAUCACAAUAAAAUAAAUGAUGCCAUUGUUUCAUAUAGACAUGAAAAUUAUCUAGGACCAAAAAGGGAUAUCAAGCUAUUAAGAAUAAAUGAAGAAAACCCUCCAACAUUUCUCUGAUGAGAAUAGGGGUGUCCUAUUCCGUCAUCAUCGUCACAAUUUUACUAUUGACUAUUUCCACCUAUUUAGAAAAAGUAUGUUAAUAUUUUAAUAUGUGUGGGAUGAACAGAAGUAACCAAAGAGGGCAUCAUUGGAGGGGCGUGAGAAAUCCACAUGUAAGUACUAAAAGCAGAAGAAAGAUGGCCAAUGCUCAAGCUUAGACAGAUCAAAGAAACAGAAUUUAAUCUGAUAAAGAGAACAAUUUGUUUGUCGUUCCUGAUACAACAUGUUUUUUUAAAAAACCAUGUAACAGAUCCGUUCAAAUAAGAGCUACGAAUUCCAAGAUGAGUGUUGGCAGUGUGGACAGCAAAGGAUAUCAGGUGAACAACAACAUAUGGAUUUGAUUCCCUCUCCCCCCCCCCCCUUUUUCUCUAAUAUUAAAAUCUGUAUGUUGGCCAAAUGGAUUUUUGCUAAUCAUUGUGAUGACCUUCUGUUUGGUAAUCUACAUACUAUUUCUAUUUGCUUAGAUGGCUCGGGUAAGAGAAUGCCAGUCACUUAGGAUAUCUCUAUUUGUCUACUCUAAUGUUUAACCAGCUGCCAAACUACUUCUGUAGGUGGCAUCAGGCAUCCCAACUGCGAUGCAGCUGGCAUGGCAAGGAGAGAGAGCAGCUGGUUGAGAAAGCACAGCAGAGCAACAUGAAAGACAUGAAAGCACAGGGAAUGGGGUGGACUGAAUUCCUUGAUAUAUAUAUUUUUAAUAGCUCCUUAAGCUUUACAUGUUAUUAUAGGAAACCUUUCCUUUAUUUUCUAACCAUUUGAUUGAUGACUUGUUCUGCCUUCUCCAGAUACAGUCAAAUAUUUUAUCUCUCUUUAUUCUUGUAGGAAAGAAAAUCUGGGAAUUGGGGAAUAAGCAAGAAAAAGAUGCCCAUUUAAGAGAUGCCAAAUUACUCCAUCUGUGAGGAUGGCAAAGUGCUCUGAGUUUCCACCUCUCAGCCUUACCCUUUUAGUGGAAAUCUGUGAUUGGCAUGACAUUGGGGGAAGAAAGUUUCUUGGCACUAACCUUGAGGGCUCUCAACCCCUUUAAAGUGUCCGACUCUGAAAUGUUACAUCACUCCUUGUCUAUUGGAUGCAGUCCUAUUUAUAGUCACUGUUCAUCAAUCACCUAAAUAUUUAUUAUCAGGUGCAAACUGAAAAAAUAAAUCGGCACAAAGGAUAUGCUGACUCACCAUAUACCAGGGGCAGGGAACUUCUCAUCAUCAACUCCUGGUCAUGUUGGCAACGGCUGAAUAGAAGGGAAAUCCAGCAUUAUCUGGAGGGCCUAUUGGCAGAACCUAUUUGGUGUUUCGCAACUUGCUGACUAGUUGCAGGACCUUAGCCAGACCUAGCAGAGUACACGCAGAAUCCACGGAAGCAGUUGGCAAAUUGGCUGCAGACAGGAUAGACGAAGCAGGAACCAGGAACUUGUAGUUAGGUGUUUAUUAUAUACAGUGGACUAUUUACAGGAACAGAACACGGAUCUUUAGCUUGCUCUUUCUUACACGACUCACAACUCCUACACUGACUGACACACAGUCUGAACCUCUGAACCUCGAACUAACACAUUCCAGUUAGUAGGCCAUUAAUUAUCACUCCCUUGAGAGAGCUUGACCAAUCAGGGAGCGGUCUCCAUGCCUCUGUUAUCACCAGACAGACUUACUCCUUCAGAUUGCCUUCUGGCUGUCUGCCAAACCUUAAUUGACUCUGUGUGAGUAGCUGCACGUACACAGUCUCCCAACAGGGCCAAAGAUUAGCCACAUCUGCUUUAAAUCAUAUCCUCUGGAACCUCCACUCCCAAGUCUUGCUGAAAUUGCCAACAGCAUGGAGAAGGUCUACCCCACACUUAGACCCGCCAACAAAAUGGCUACUGAUGGCCACAGACAGAUAAUAUAACACCAGUCCUGAAAGACCUGCAUUGGUCCCAGUACACUUCUGAGCACAAUUCAAGGUGUUGGUGCUGACCUUUAAAGACCUAAACGGCCUCGGCCCAGUAUACCUGAAGGAGCGUCUCCAUACCCAUCGUCUAGGCCGGACACUUGAGGUCCAGCUCCGAGGGCCUUCUGGCGGUUCCCUCGCUGAGAGAAGUGAGGUUACAGGGAACCAGGCAGAGGGCCUUCUUGGUGGUGGCAUCCACCCAUCCAACCCUUCAGAUGCCAAGGAAAUCAAAAACUAUCUGACUUUUAGAAGACACCUGAAGGCAACCCUGUUUAGGGAAGUUUUUAAUGUUUGAUGUUUUAUCAUGUUUUUAAUAUUCUGUUGGGAGUCACCCAGAAUGUCUGGGGGAACCCAGCCAGAGGAGCAGGGUAUAAAUAAAUUAUUAUUAUUAUUAUUAUUAUUAUUAUUAUUAACCACAACAUAGCUUGACUAACAACCUGCAUUAAUCUUUUAUCUGGGACCUAGGUAUACAUGCACGGAAACUCCUUAAGAAACAUUUACUGAAACUAUUUCAGCUUCUCUCAGUAAUGUUGCAGAGCAAGCAGGACGGACCAGUUUUGCUUUAUGAUGUUGCUUCGGGCAAAGUGCAGUGGAACCUCCAUUCAGGAGUUGAACAAUUAAUCUGAUCAUUCAAGUGCCUUCAGUGUUCACCAUCUGACUGCAUUUCAUGGGCAAUGCUACCAGGAACAUUAUCACAACUCAUUUUUGGCUUGUUAAUGACAGGAGAUUUACUCGCCCCAUUGCAGUACACACAAAUUAAGCUCCAGAUCAUGUUUCAUCGCUAAAUAAUUCACAACAGUUUAAAUAUAUUUGGUCUUGGGCGCCCUUCAGGACUGAGGACUAAAGUAUAACGUGUGUGUGUGUGUGUGUUUAAAAAUGCAUUAUUUCUAUAAUUAAUGCCAGUAUUUUGCAGAUGAGAAAACCUAUUUUAAUCUUAACUGUUGCUGUUCUCACAUCAGUCUAUGUUGUUGGUAGCAAUUUUCAUAGGUGUUUUCCCCCCCAUUAUAUCACAUUUCUAUAUCUCUUUCUAUCCUCCCGCCUGGUACAUUGUGUGUUCUUCUCUUUUCAAUGCCUCACCGUCAGAAAACAGCUUCAUUUAUUUAUCAGAGAAAAUCAUUUGAAUGCAUAGUACGCAUCUUUUACUAUUUCACUCUCCAGGUGCUCCAUCUCUCUGUCUUAUUACUGCGCUCUCCUAGAUAUCGGUUGGGUUUGUCAACAGAGGUGUGUUUUGCCAUAGAGAUAAAAGCAAUUACUUUUAAUUGUGAUUCACUGCGUGAAAAGGUUAGGGGAGCCUAUGGUUCUGUUAUCCUUGCAUUCAUACCAAUACCUGUGGCUUGCAUUGUGGGCCCACGCUUGCUGAGGAGAAAUGAAAAUCCUGUCUCCCUUCACUGACAGCACAUUGUGUGGUUUGUUAGACAUGGCAGAGUGAAGAUAAUAUAUUGCUUUUAGAAGACUCCGAGGCCUGCCGUGGCCGUUUGCACCUCAUAAUUAGCAUUUAAAUGGCCCGUUUCAAAUAUUUCAAAGCACAUCACAUACAUUAUCUCAGUCAUCCUCGCAGCAGUCUUCUAAGGUAUGACAGUAUUCUUUCCGUCCUCAUUUUGCUGAGGUGAGCUUGAAACUGAGAAAUAGUGGCUCACCUAAAGCCACCUAAUGAGUUUCUUGUCAAGGCAUUAAGUCCAUUGUCAAGUUUACAACUCACAAGUUGCAGUCCAGUGCUCAUUUAUCUGUAGUUGGAUAUAUAUAUAUAUCCUUCAGGAAUCAUUUAACACAGUAGCCAGUGUCCAGAGUCAGCAAUCUUGAGGCCAGCACUCCUGUUGACCCUCAGAGCAUCAAGGCUAGAAUCAUCUAGAUGUGUGGUGUGGUGGUUACUCUGAAUCAGAGCAUCGAUCCAUCUAACUCAGUAUUGUCUACACAGACUGGCAGGGGCUCUCCAGGGUCUCAAAUCCAGCCUUGCCUGUCAAUUAUUGCAAAUGAACCUGGGAUUUUCUGAAUGCAAGCUAUGUGCUACCACUGAACUAGGGACUGUCCCCAAAUGACAGCGAUGAUGUGGAAUAAGGGGUACUUUAUAUUUUAAUAACUUUUGUUGUUGCUGCUUUUUUUCAGCCAGAACUCACCAGAACUCAGUUCCAGCACCUCUCAGGUGGGCACCAUUGUCAUUCUAAGAGAACAAGGAAGGUCUUCAUGGUGAGUUCCAGCACCUUUUCCCCCUAGAGAGCCAGUGUGGUGUAGUGGUUAAGAGCAGUAGACUUGUAAUCUGGUGAACCGGGUUCGCUUCCCUGCUCCUCCACAUGCAGCUGCUGGGUGACCUUGGGCUAGUCACACUUCUCUGAAGUCUCUCAGCCCCACUCACCUCACAGAGUGUUUGUUGUGGGGGAGGAAGGGAAAGGAGAAUGUUAGCCGCUUUGAGACUCCUUAGGGUAGUGAUAAAGCAGGAUAUCAAAUCCAAACUCCUCCUCCUCCUCCUCCUCCUCUUCUUCUUCUUCUUCUUCUUCUAGAUUCAUCUAGUCUAAACCCCUGCAAUGCAGGAAUUUUUCGCCUAAAAUGGGGCUCAGACCCACGACUCAAGAUUAAGACUCUUGUUCUCUACCAAAGAGCAUUUCAUGUAAAAUGCAAAAAUCCACCCGGAUGGGCAUGCUGGCUCCAAAAAAGAGGACAUGUCCAGGAAAACCCAGACAUAUGGCAACUCUAGCAAGAGAACAGUUACUCAACCAGCAAAGAACAUCAAAUUCAGUAGGAAGAACCCUACACACUCUCAGUAGACUUUACUACUACUACUACUACUACUACUACUAUUAGCAUUCAUAUCUGCCCUUCACCUGAAGGUCUCAGGGUGGAAAUAUACAAAAUCCAAGCCGAAAAUUAAGCAAUAAGUUUAAAACAAUGUAAAACAAAAUACAGAGUUCAGUUAUGAAUGAAAUGAAGUAGGAAGCUUCCCAGGAUUAGGUUGCACUGAGCAUAUUUAAAUUUGAAUUGCAUGUUUUAACGUGUGUUUUUAAAUGAAGUUGUACGUUUGGUUAUUACCGUAAGCCACCACUGGGAGUCUAUAGUCCUGGAAGGUGACCUUAGAAAUGUCUUACAUAAAUAAACCUACCCUGCAGUAUCCCACAGAGACCAGGCAGUUUGAACAACACGAUCCUUCAGAGAGAAGAUUUUUUUAAAGAGUCGGCUUCGCGAAGUGAGGCAGAAGGGAAGGGCUGGUUUUCAAAGCACAUGGUGGGUUUGGACAGAAGGUGGGAUCAGUUUCCCUCCACAGAGCAGAGAGGGUAGACUAAAGGAGAAUGCAAAGCUGAAUAGGGAACCUAAACUCAGAGGGAUCGUGUCUUUGAGUGCCUAGUGCAAAAGUACUGGUAAAGAAAGUGUUGUCUGCAAAAUCAAGGUGCAGAAUCCUAUCAUUAAGAAGCACAGGUGGUUUUUAAUUCGCUUACUGGCAGGGACAGAGUGUCAGGGUGCUGUCAGCGGCUGUCAACUGGUUGCCCAGGAAGCAAGGAAAAGUUUAUCACAGUCCUUUUUUAUUUCAAUCUUUACAGAGAGAGGCUAUAGAACCCAGCCUCUUGGAUAAUGGCGUUGUCCCGAGGGAAUCUCCACCCACCGUCUCUCCUACUUCCUCGUUCAUCACUUCUACGGGUGCUGUUACGUGCCCUCUGUCUCUGAGCAAUUUGCUCUCCUACUUUCAAGGCUCACCGGGUUCUGGGAGAUGGAGGGUCUGGAAUGCUUUCGAACGACAAUGUGUCAGCUAG